AUGAAAAUGUUUGUAUUAAUGUAUGGUAUACCACGGAGAGUGAUCACGGAUCGAGGGACAGCUUACACAUCCAGACAGUUUGAGAUGUAUUGUACGGAACAAGGGAUUAAACACUCUCUCAUUUCAGUAAGACAUCCACAAUCCAACGGGCAAGUGGAGCGGGUAAAUGGAACAUUGGUUCCAUUAUUACAAGUGACUGCAGAGACAGAAGCAACAUGGGACAAGAAAAUUGCUGAAAUGGAAUGUCAAUUAAUUAAUGCAGUGAACAAAACAAUUGGAGACACACCGUUUCAUGUGUUAUAUGGAUAA